GCUGGUACAGACGAUGCCGCUUCGUCUAAGACGGGAGUGGCCCCUGCUGAGAAGAGCCAAGAGUUAUUCGGGCAGCAUUAUCCUAGAUUGCAAGCUAUAAAGAAGAAAUACGACCCAGAGAUGAUCUUCCAUAAGUGGUUCCUCAUUGUCCCAGCUUGAACCCUGUCCUAUGUUGGUUGGAUUUGAUGACUUAGAUGUAUAUUACUGAACUUGGAACGCGGAGUAUCAAGAAUUUUUGUCCCACAGCAACAUGGGCCAGGACAAUUGUUGUUUCAUUUAGCCGGUUAAUUAUCUACACGUCCACUGAUGGGGUUCUUUGUCUAGUGGCGACCUUUGACUCCGAGGGUGACCCCGUGUCGCAUGUCAUUCUCAUAGUACUGUCCUCCCAACUCUCGAAUCGCUCAACCAUCAAGUUCUCAACGAGGCUACCCACGUCUUUCUCACAAAUACCUGCCUUCGCGUUAUUUCAAGCCUUAUUUCCAUGGCGCGAUUCUGUGCACCAGGUAAUCCUCACUAUGUCUCAGCAACAAUGUUUCAAGAGACUACUCGCAAAGCUUCGAGCAAGCGUAAGGCCAACUCGACGCAAAAGGCCAAACAGUGGACCCAGGAACAACAAAGAUUGCAAGAGAAACGUCGAAAGGGCCAGAAGAACUUCAAAGGACCUACCUACGCAUAUGUCGGCAAUCUCACUCCGAAGGUUACCUCUUCAGAGGUGGAGAAGGUCUUCAAACGUCACACUGUCAGCAGUGUCGAUAUUAGAUGCGGUGGUGGUACACCUAUAUUCAUUCGUGACGGGGGAUGCCUGGUCGGCGUACAAGGCAACUCAUAAGGAUGGCACCCUCUUGGACCACGUACCGGUGGUGGUUACCCAGUCUCUCUCCAAGCUACCGGAGUAUGCAUAUGACGAGCAAGUCAAUGAAUACAACAACACCCGACCCAGCGAGCCCGGUGUCACUGACACGCUGCUCUCGCCUGUCAAGAAGAUGGUGAACGCUGUGAAGGCGUUAGGCUACGAACCAACUUUGAUACUGUAAGGUCGUGCGAAUAUUGCAUACUAACUAACAUCUAGGAAUAUCCCUAAUUACCUUCAGUGUCUCAGUAAGACCUGGUUUACGCCUCUCAUUAUGAUAAUGUCAUUGUCUGUCUGUUGCCUGUACUAUGCUAUUGUCUGAAUAGAUGAACGUUUCGUAUUGUGUACAAUAAG